AUUUUUACGGUGACGGUGGCCGCCUCGUUGCUUUUUGUCUUUACUUUUUAUCAUUUUUAAGUUUGUGGUGUUUCCAGGUUCACUGAGGGCCAAAUUAUCCAUUAAUUCCCACCUCGUCAGCGGAUGUAUGCGCGUUUGUGUGUGUGCGUUGCGUGUGGAGAAAUGUAGGAAGUAACGAUAACUUUCCGCCAAAGACGACGAGAAGACGUAAUCCUGCAUUUUUCACAAGGAAAAGGGCAUUUGCAGUUGGAAUUACGGCCAUAAAUAUAGACUAAACCUCCUUUUUCUAAUCAUUGGGAACUCUUUAUUCGCUUUUGAGUUCGUAUUUGGGCUUGUUUUUUUCUUUUCUUUUCUAUUUUUUAUUUCAAGUGAUGUUUUUCCCCUGAAGUGGUGGGACAGGAGUUAGUCAACGUCACACAGCAGUGCAGGUAUCUUUAUUUUUCUCCCCUGCCAGUGUGUUUUCCAGCUUGCAAAGAUGGAAUGAGACACUUUCCUUAAAGUGCCUGGUGGGCUGUGAGUUAUGCAGAAGCCCGUCUCUGGAUCAGGAUGAGUGCUACAGAUGGAGCUGGGACCCCUGAGCACGACGAAGAUGCCCGUGUGGUGCAGAUCUACCCCAGGCUUCCUCUGAUGACAGAAGCCUACUGUCCCCUGCAGGUCAGCAUCAAGGACACGGUGAAGACUGUGAUCCACAAUGCUGUGGUCACGCUGGGCCUGGACUCCAGCCAGAGCUACAGCCUACUGGAGGUGAAGGAGAGCGGCGGCGAGGAGACGCUGCUGGACGAUGGGGACCGCCCUUUGGUGUGGGUCCUGCGUUGGCCGCCGGCGACCCAGAAAUGGCACCCUCGGAGUCAGGGCUACUACUUCGUCCUGCAGCAGAGCAACAACGUAGCGAAGGAAGUCGUAACGUCUCAAGAGGAGAUUGACGACCUCUGUAGCCUCCCGUCUGUGACCGAGGAGGGCGUGCUGCAGGUCUUACGCCAGCGCUUCUGCAAGCACAAAAUCUACACCUACAUGGGCGACAUCCUCAUCGCCGUCAAUCCCAACAAGUUUUUACCUCUUUAUUACAACCCAAAGUACGUGAGGCUGUACAAGAACCAGCCGCUGGGCAAACUGAGCCCGCAUAUAUUUGCCAUUGCCGACGUGGCGUUCAGAACCAUGUUGGACCGGCAGGCGAACCAAUGCAUUCUGAUAUCUGGAGAGAGCGGAUCAGGGAAGACUGAGAGCAGCAGCUACCUCAUCCACUGCCUGACCACACUCAACCAGGGGACGUACUCCGGCGGACUGGAGCGAGCCAUUCUGGGGGCCGGGCCGGUUCUAGAGGCAUUUGGAAAUGCAAAGACAGCAGAAAAUAACAACUCCAGCCGCUUUGGAAAAUUCAUCCAGCUCAUCUACCUGGAAAGUGGCGUCAUCAGAGGAGCUUUUGUUGAGAAGUUUCUGCUGGAAAAGCACCGCCUGGUGUCCAGAGCUAAAAAUGAAAGGAACUUCCAUGUUUUCUACUGUUUGCUGAUGGGCGCGUCUAAAGACGAGCGGGAAGAAUUUCAUCUACUCAACCCACAGGAUUAUGUUUAUCUCAACCAGGGGGAAUUUAAUUUGAAAACGGAGGACGAUCUAAAACAGGAGUACAAAAGACUUCAGCAAGCUAUGGAGAUGGUUGGCUUUUUGAGCGCCACUAAAAAACGCAUUUUCUCUGUGGUUUCUGCCAUCCUGCUCCUGGGAAAUGUGACGUACAGUCAGUCAAAGGACACUGAAGUCCUGGAGGCUGGACCUGCAGAGGUUUUAUCUUCACUGUCACACUUGCUUAUGGUGAAAAAGGAGCAGCUGGUGACGACUUUAACCAAGAAGAAGGUAGUGACUGCAACCUCCACUGUGGUUUCAUCCUACACACUACAAGAGGCCAUGUCAGCUCGUGACUCCAUGGCAAAGAGUUUAUACAGCGCUCUGUUUGACUGGAUCAUCCUUCACAUUAACCACGCAAUGCUCAAUAGACGGAACAUGGAGGAGUCCGUCUCUUGUUUGUCCAUUGGUGUCCUGGACAUGUUUGGGUUUGAGAACCUCCAGAGAAACAGUUUUGAGCAGCUGUGCAUCAACUACGCCAGUGAAAAGCAGCAGUUUUACAUCAACCAGAACAUCUUUAAGUUUGAGCAGGAGGUCUAUGUGUCAGAAGGCAUAACCUGGGAAAACAUCAACUUCACUGACAACAGUGACUGCAUCCAGGUGAUCAGUGACACAUCAGUAGGACUUCUCCACUUAUUGAACAAGGAGAGCAAGUUCCCUCGGGCCCCAGAUGAAACCCUGCUGGAGAAGUUUAAACAGCACCAUCAGAGCAACCCUCGCUUUGGGGUCUCUCCCUUUGUGCAGGAAACUUUUACCGUUGUACACUACGCUGGGAAAGUUAAAUAUCACAUCAAGGAUUUCAAAAAGAAAAACACCGAGCACAUGCGUCCUGAAGUCGUAGCUCUUCUGCGGAGCAGCAAGCGCUCCUUCUUGCUUGACUUGGUUGCAUCCAACCCUGAAGCUUUGUUCAGAUGGAGCAUCCUCCGAGCGACCAUCCGCAUCAUCUCAGUCUUCAAAAAACUCCUAAAGCAGCGGACUGAACAGACUACUCCAAAACAAACCCCACGCACGCCACUCUCAGCCUUAAAAAGGCGCAGCAGUUAUCUGGAGAGGCUGUCUGGUCGCUUUACUCUGGAGUUCUCCUUUGAUCGCACUGAUGAACAAUCACUCGAUAUAUUUGAGGACAUUUUUGUCAAUUAUGAAGAGAAAAAGAAAAACAGAGGUAGUCGACACAAGCAGAUCAUUCCAAAGAACCUCAUGAAUUUGACUUCACUCCGUCACAUCGUUGGUCUGAUGAAGCACGACAGAACGAGCAAAUCCGUCUUCCACCCUAACCGGCGAGCAGAUCCACCCACAGUUGGCGCUCAGUUUCAGACCUCGUUCGGAAAGCUGAUCGAGACGAUUGAGAAAGCGGAGCCUUUCUUCAUUUUCUGUCUUCGCUCUAAUGCUGGAAAGAAACAGCUGCACUUUGAUGAUGAAGUGGUGCUAAAUCAAAUCAAGUACACUGGCAUACUGCAGAUGAUUCGCAUGCAGAAGUCAAGCUACAAAGCGAAAUACACAUUUAAGGAAUUUGUUAAGAAGUUCGGGAUUUUGCUUCCAAAAGGAACGACUGGAUCCCCACAGGACAUAACUGAACUGUUUGAGAAGCUGGGACUGGAAAAGAGCACCUACCAGAUAGGAAGAACUAAAGUUUUUCUGAAAGAAAAGGAGCGUCAGCUACUCCAGAGCACUCUGAACGAAGAAGUGAUGCAACGGAUCGUCACCCUGCAGCGCUGGUUCCGCGCCUGUCUCAUAAGGAAGCACUUUCUGCAAAAGAAGGAUGCCACCAUGAUCAUCCAGAGGAGCUGGCGGGAGUUUUUUGAGAAGCAAAACCGAGCUGCGACAGUAAUCCAGACGGCGUGGCGUGUUUCCCAGUCACUAGACCUCGAGGACCAUGGAAAAGUGCAUUGCAAUUCUCAAGAUGGAGCCAGUUCAAUGAAACAUACUUUGAAGAAGCAGCAAAACUUGGAUCAUGUCACCAAGAUCCAAUCGCCAGAUCCAGCCAACAACCAGGCCGCAAAGGAGGACGAGAGCAAAGCGUCUGCUCCCCAGCUGAACAGACCCUUCUCCGUCCCCCUGGACCUCAAAGCUGGCAGCAGUAACCCUUCUCUGUGCAAGCAAUACAUUGCCAAUGACAGGAUGAGGGAGAAAUCCAGUGAAGAUGAUCUGACAGACACAUCAAGUCCUGAAGUACAUCGAAGGAGAGAUAGGAGAGAUGACAUGUUUCGUAAAGCGGUUUCUGUUGAUGAACUGUCGAGCUCCUCUGGCUGCGAAGGUUCCUCCGGUCCCCAAAUGGGAAAGGUUCGUCGCCGCAAGCCGAAAAAACACAAGCGGCGCUUAGCCUACGCCCGCAGCGGUUUGGUGUAUAGCUUUGGGGGCUCCAAGGAGAAUGAGUUCUGGAACUUUCCACUGCCUCCCAUCAGCCCCUCUGUGCCCACCCUGACGGGCUCAGCCAGUGUCAUGGAUGUCUGGCCCCUCAAUUCCCAGGUCAAGAGGGGAUCAGAACUGGACUGCUCCAGGUACAGCUUUCCAGUCAGAUCAGACGAAACCGAUCUUCGAGGCUCAAACCAAUCACUUACGACUCCUGAGAAGAUUGGGUUUUUUGGUAAACUCCUGGGGAGACGGGCGCACAAAUCUUCAAACACUGAAUCUCUAGUUGAUAAAUCUGGAAUGUCGGCAAGAUUCUCCCCACAAUCUUCCCAAAUGGCUAAUUCCAACGAAUCGAGGGUCCAGCGAAAAUUUCCUUAUAUCAGUCGAGCCACACGAGCACUUCAGGCGGACGUAUCUCUGGACCGCGAGAUCACCGAUCCCAAUGAACUACGAAACCUUGACGAGUUCCUUGGGAAUCAGGUGAAUGAGCUGCAAUCCAGAGUGGCAGAACUGUCCAUAACGGAGGGUAUUUUCCUCUCUGCCACCAUGGAGUUCAGGGAAACCAUCAAAAGCAUGUAUUCCUUACAAAAGCCCAAAGUUUGCUACAAAAGCCUAAUGAGUGGCUACCGUAACAAAGUGAGUGCAUUGGCAGGACGAAGUAAGAAAUCAGAGGUCUCUCUGGUGGUUAACCUGUUCCAGUCUGUGCUGGACGGAUUCAUCAGAGCCGAAAAAAAGCGAGAGGAGUCCGAACCAGCCAAGACCACCAGGACGGGAAAGAAGAGGAAGACAAAUGAGAAAUGUAUUGCCAAUCCUCUGGAUCAUCUGUUCAGCACAUACCAGGUGAACAUCAUGCAGUCGUGUGACUUGUGUAAUUCCUUCAUCUGGGGAAUGGAGAAAGCUUGCAUGUGCAGCGCCUGCAAGUUCAUUUGUCACAAGAAAUGUCUAGACAAAAUCAUCACAGACUGCUCAACACGGCGUUCCAGGCUGGAUGACAGUGUGCCAGGCUCUCUACACUUUGGAGUUCAAGUGUGCGUCCUGACCAAUAAAACCAACCCAGUGCCCAAAGUGGUCGAGUUGUUGUUGAUGCAUGUGGAGAUGAACGGCCUCUACACUGAGGGAAUUUACCGAAAGUCUGGAGCAGCCUGCCGAGCGAAGGAGCUUCACCAGAUCCUGCAGACUGAUCCUGAAAAUGCCUGUUUGGAUAAUUACCCCAUCCACACCAUCACCGGCCUCGUCAAACGCUGGUUUAGAGAGCUUCCUGAACCCCUCAUGACAUUCUCUCUCUACAACGACUUCCUGCAUGCUGCCGAGCUGCCAGAGAAUCAAGAGAGAAUAAGGGCUGUAUACCAAAAAGUCGAUGAGCUUCCUCCUGCUAAUUUCAACACUUUGGAGCGGCUCAUUUUCCACCUUGUCAAGGUUGCAAAGGAAGAGAAGCACAAUAAGAUGUCACCAACAUCUCUGGCUAUUGUGUUUGCUCCCUGCAUUCUGCGCUCAGCUGAUAUGAGUGACCCCUUGCUUUGUAUGAAGGAUGUGCCCAAAAGUACCCUGUGUUUGGAGAUUCUGAUCAAUGAGCAGCUAAGGCGCUACAAUGAGAAGAUGCAGGACAUCCAGGAGCUGGAGUAUGCCGAGGCCCAGGCUGUCCAUAAACUCAAACUCAGGAGACAAAACACAAUUCAACCCACAGCUGAGCAGAACGUCCCACACCAACUGCAGUCUGAUGAGUCCGACAGCACCAUCAUUGAAAGAAUCAAAUCAAUCAAGCAAGAGAAGUUGGACUUAGUGAUCAGGUUACCUGAACUGGAGCAGGAACACUCGGACUCUGAAAACGCGGACUCUGCAUCAUCAGUGAGCUCAGACAGCCUGGACCAGCUGGGCGGCGUUGACUCGGAAGGAAAGAUGACGAAGCUUUCGAGAGCGCUGAGACCGAAAUGCCCAGCUAAACCUGCAGACGUGGCGCAGACAGUCAGGAGUCGCACUGCUCCAGACUCUCCCUCCUCAGACGACAAGCAGCAGCAGCUCACCAGCAAGACCUUUAAUGGGAGCUUUGAUGACCUGGACAUCCCUUACAUCGAUGACGUUGAAGAUUGAAGCUGACGCUAAUUCCACACGUUCUGAUAAUCUGAACACCUGAACGCACUUUGUUUGACAGACUCUAUUUGUCAUUGCUGCUGAGAAGGACAUCACGCUGACCUGCUCUAUCAGGGUUUUGAUGAGACAUGCUCAGAACUAUUUCUGAUCUUUAUAUGGAGAUUCUGCUGAUUCCAUCACUUUACAGAACAUUUUGUAAAGGAGCUGAGGGAUUUGGACCAGUUCUGUGUAACAAACUGUUGAAUAGGGUUGGCGCUGUUGAAUCUGAAUUCCCUUUUUCUUUUCUCUUUUUUGGUGGUUGUUUCGUUUGUAAUUAAAAAAAUAACGUAGUAACUUUUCUGUAGAUGCGCUAACAUUGUACUCAUAUUCCGACACUGUGAUCAAGAAUCUCACUGGAAAACCAUGUAUUGUCUUUUUUCUUUACUUUUUUAGUAGUUUUAGUUUAAUCUGAAACUUUUUGUAAAAUAAAUUCUGUCUUUUUUGAACUGUG